AUGGCUCGCGAGUAUUCUUUGGCCUCAGAUGUUCUGUGUAUCAGCGCCUGCGCAGAUGGAAUAUGUCCUAUGUCAUGCAACUGCCAAUGUGUUGCUGAUAAACUAUUUAAUGGUUUUCGUUCUGGAGGAUCCCAAAAAGGGACAAAAGGGUUUGGAAGAAGUCGGGGCUUUCCAGGUGAAUUUAGAGGGGACCGUGGAAAUUUUUGGGUCGGUCGAAGGGGUGAACCUGGUGGUAUGAUUCAGGGAAAUGGUGGAUUUCCGAACAAUGACAAUAUGGGGUUUAUUUCUGGACAAGGUGGACGCCGUGGAGGAUUUGAUAUUAUUGACAAUGGUGUCGAUACAAGACGAUUUAGACAACCAUCAAUUAGAAGGGAAAUUGGUUUUGACUUAGAUGGAGUUAAUGGUCGGGGAUCUAUGAUACCAGGUUCGUUUGGAGGCGGAAUAGGCGUCAGAAAUGGAGGAAGAGACCUUGGGGGAGUAGGAUUUGAAAAUGGGAUAGAUUUUGGAAACAGAUUAGGAACCCAAGGGGGAUUAGGUGUAGGUGGAAAUGGUGGGCUUGGAGGAGGUGCAGGUGCACUAAGUGUAGAUGGUGCUUUUGGAGGAGGUGCAUUAGGUGUAGGUGGAAAUGGUGCAUUUGGAGGAGGUGCAGGUGCAUUAGGUGUAAGUGGAAAUGGUGCACUUGGAGGAGGUGCAGGUGCAUUAGGUGUAGGUGGAAAUGGUGCACUUGGAGGAGGUGCAGGUGCGCUUGGUGUAGAUGGUGCUUUUGGAGCAGGUGCAGGUGCAUUAGGUGUACGUGGUGCUUUUGAAGGAGGUGCAGGUGCACUAGGUGGAGGACGAGGUGGAAAUGGUUUCGGAAAUGGAAUAGAUGAUAGAAGUGCAUUAGGACUUAACGGUGGAACAGGAAUUAGAGGUGACUUUUUAGGGGCAUUUCCAAACGACGUUGGUUUGGGAAUCUCAAACGAUGUGGCUGGAACGGACAGAGAUUUUCGUCUCUUUCCAAGCAAUGCACAGGUAGGAUUAGGACUGGAUUCGAACGUUCCAUUGGAUUUCUCACAAUUACAGAAUAUAGACCGACUGGAUAUUCCUCUUGACGGUUCCCAAGGAAUUCCAGAUUUACUGGAGCCUGAAUUGUCGUUAAUGGAUUCUAUACCAGAUCUUAAUGGACCAGAACUAAUUGACCCAGGACUUGAAGCUAAUGGUGGUGGGGGAUUUAUCGGAGUAGAUGCUCCAGGUGUUGGGCCUGUGGGCUUAGAUCCGACAGCUCUUCAAGAACUGGGUGGUCUAGUAGGAGGCCCUUUUGAUCCGAUUAUGGAUGUAGGGCCAGGGGCAGGGGGAGGGGGAGCACCACCCAAGCCAAAAAAAGAAAGCAAAAAACCCAAAAAAGUAACGGAAACUGUCGACAUUAAAGUGGAUGUCAUAAAGAAAGGAAGUCCAAAAGGUAAAGGCGAUAAAACAAACGGAAACGGUAAAAAACCAGACAGAUCACUACCAGGAACAGGACCCAACACUCCAGCUGGGAUUCCGACAGGAGCACAAAAUUCAAAUGUGGGAUUACGUCCAGGGGACAUUGUCGAUCCUUCAUUUUUUCUAGGUGGCGCUGGUGGAGGAAAAAGAGACGGUAUGUUGGACGGAGGAUUACUAGAUUCAGCGAAUGGUGGCCUACAAGGUGGCAUGACGGGAAAUCAAGGCUCGGGGCCACCGAUAGGAAUUCUGGUAGAUGGACCCUCAUCAGGAGGAUUUAUGAGUAACACAGGCACUGAUGGUUUUCCAGGUGGAUUUGGAGGUGGUCGACAAGGCGGUCGUGGCAUUGAUGGUUUUGCAGGAAAUCGUGAUUCUCAAAAUGGGCCUUUUGAUCGCCUUGCAUUAGACACUUUACCAGGGGGUGGUGAUCAAGGUAAAGGUCAUUCAGGAUUUAACAAUGGACAAGGAAACUUUGACCCUCAAGGAAGAGGCCAUUCUGGACAAAGUAACUUUGACCCGCAAGGAAAUGGUCAUCCUGGGACCAUAGGAUUUAACAACGGACAAGGAAACUUUGAUUCUCAAGCAGGUCAAACAGGGCACAUGGAUGGUUUUGGAUUAGAUGCCUUUCCUGCUGGUGGUUCAGAUGCCGUUGGCUCUGGACACAUGGGUGGAAGAGGGCCCGAUGGCGGUGGUCAAAUGUUCGAUCCAAAUGCUCUCUUUGAACCUAUUAUACAAUCUGGAACAGGAUUCAACGAUCAGAUGACAUUCAUAGAUCCCACGCAGCCUAAUAAUGGACCCGGUAGUGAAAUUUCCUUCAUGUCCGAUUCUCAAAAUGGCGCUGGUUCCGUUUCCGGAGGAAAUAUUAAUCUUGAUCUGUCCUCUCUGCUGGGUAGUCUUGAUUUGACUGGCAUAUCCAGUGGCGGAAACGGACAAGGCACUGGUGAAAAUGGACCUGCUGGUGGAGUUAUUGGACUUGCCGACAUGGCAGGAGGAAUUCAGGGUGACGUAGGGGGAGGUGCUAUCGGUGUCAACAGCGGAAGUGGAAAAGAAACAAUGGACUCUUGUUUAACGCGAGGCGAGCAACUCUGGUGUGACGUCAGAUCUUCUUGGGGAGGUACCCCUGGAGUUCAGGGAUGGUGUAACUCAAACUGCCAAAAAGGCGCGUGUAAUUUCGAGAGAUGUGCCUGUUCUUGCAUAUCUAAUGCGGAGUAUGACUUUCGGAUGAAUUCCUCAGGAUCUAAAAAAUUCUAA